GGUGCGCCCAAGCGGGAGAAGGACCCUAAGAAGCGUGUGGUGAUUACUGGAAUGGGGCUUGUCUCUGUGUUCGGCAGCGACGUGGAUGCUUACUAUGACAGGCUGCUUUGUGGUGAGAGCGGCAUCACUCUCAUCGACCGGUUUGAUGCUUCCAAAUUCCCUACACGCUUCGGUGGACAGAUCCGGGGAUUCUCUUCGGAGGGCUACGUUGACCCCAAGAAUGAUAAACGGCUUGACGAUUGCUGUCGCUUCUGCGUUGUUGCUGGCAAGAGGGCGCUCGAGGAUGCUAACCUCGGUGGAUAUCAGCGCUCUAAGAUCAACAUGGUGCGUGCUGGUGUGCUUAUUGGAACAGGGUUUGGUGGUCUUACCGUCUUUUCUAACGGUGUUCGGACAUUGUUAGAGAGAGGUCAUAGGAAGAUAACCCCUUUUUUCGUUCCUUAUACCAUUUCAAAUAUGGGGUCUGCCUUGCUUGCCAUCGAUGUUGGUUUCAUGGGUCCCAUUUAUUCUAUAUCCGCGGCUUGUGCCACCUCUAACUAUUGCUUCUAUGCUGCUGCUAAUCACAUCCGUCGAGGAGAGGCUGAUGUGAUGCUUGCGGGUGGAGUGGAAGUUAGCAUGAUUCCUAUAGCAUUGGGGGGUUGUUAA